AUGAGUGCCUCCGGCGUGCAAGGGAACGUCGCUCAGGCGAGCUCUGCCGACGACAAUGCCAAAGUUCAGCGGGAGCUCGACAAGCUCUACAGCGACUGGAGCAACCUGCCCGAGGGCCACAAGCUGCGCCAGUUCCAAGAUGCACUGAAGGACAUCUUGGAUAAGACUGAUUACAAUGAGAUGUAUGGUGUGGAGCUUGUGGCACCUGUCGAUGGGAAGCCUGCACCACACACCACGCUCGUCAUCCUCCAAAAGUUCCUCCGCGCCAAUGUCGACGACCUCGAGAAAGCCAAGGAGCAGCUCACGGCCGCGUUGAAGUGGAGGAAGGAAUAUCAGCCACUCAAGGUGCGCGACGAAACAUUCGAUGCAGACAAGUUUGGCAAGCUGGGCUAUGUGACUCGCGUCAAGGGCGCUACAGAGACCAAGAAUGAGGAGGAUGUCGUGACCUUUAACAUAUAUGGCGCUGCUGCCAAGGAUGUGAAGAAGACAUUUGGCGAUACAGAUGCAUUCGUUCGCUGGCGAGUCGCACAGAUGGAGCUGACCUUGAAGGAGCUCAACCUCAAUGCCGCUGACAAGAACAUUCCCGACUACGGCAAAGGCCCUGACCCAUACAAAGCGAUCGCCGUCCACGAUUACCUGUCCGUAUCCUUCUUCCGUCAGCCGGCCGAAAUCAAGAGCGCCUCGACCAAGAUCAUCGACAUGUUCCAACGCUAUUACCCUGAAACCGUGUCUUACAAGUAUUUUGUCAACGUUCCUUUAGUCAUGCAAUGGAUGAUGGGUGUAAUGAAGACACUCUUGUCCAAGGACUCCAUUCAGACCAUGACAUGGAUGACCUAUGGCAGCGAAUUGCACAAGUACCUGGGCAAGAGUGUGCCAAAGGAGUACGGCGGAGAUGGAGCACCGCUUGCUGAGUCGGCCAUAACUCCUAAUUAUGGCAACGCUGAAGCAAAGCCGGCCAAUGCAGCUCCAGCUUCGGUGGCCGAGCCUGUUCCGGCAGUGAGCAAUGCUACUGCUAAAGAGAAGAAGGCUGAAGAGCCCAAGAUUGCUGAGCCUCCCGCGACUACAACAGAAUCGGCACCAGCAGCAGCAGCCGAGCAAGCUGUGCCCGUCACCGGCACCACACCAGAGGUCACUGGCAAGCCUGAAGAGAAAGCUACUGUGGCUUAG